CCUCGUCGUUGCCCGGCAACGCGCCGCGCGCCGCGGCGGUUUGACCCUCGGCUCGCGCCGUCACCUCUCGCGAGGCCCGCCGAGAGCACGCGGGCUCUCGGGGCCCCGCUGUCAUGGCGCCGCUGUCGCGUGCGAGAUAACUGAUAUUAUGCGGUUUCUCCGCGACUGUUUCCACCAGUAGAAUUUCCCUGAACCCCUCACUUGGAGUUGGCAUUUCAAAUCUGUGCAUGAGACACUAGCAAAAAUGAAUAAUAAAAUAAGUUAUUUGUUAAAUACUGCCCGAUGUAUGCAUAGAUGCAAUUUGGUGCUCAAUCCGAAAUCUUCAGCUAUAAUAAGAAAACACAUUUUAUGGAUUGGCACAUACAGGGAUCCCCUGGAAAAUGUGAACUUCAGGAAAUUAUUUUUAAAUAUAUUUCCUUCUCUGCAUGGAUCACCUCUGCGAUUUCUGUCUCAAAAGAUAGAUGUUUUUAGCAUGGAUGCUAAAACACAACCAGAGAAGAGCACAGAUGCUUUGAUGAGUGAGGGGGCUCCCCAAAGCUCCUUGGAACUUGAAAAGCUGGAUGAUUCUGGGAGCUUCAAAGGGAAGCACACAAUGGAUCAGAGUGAACCAUUCUUUAAUAGUCUCCAGAACUGCACCUGCCCAUCCGAUGUACUGGACUUGGCUUCAGAGUCUGCUGUUUCCACUAAGCACUUCACAAACUGUUUAACGACACUAUGGAGGCUCUUGAAAAACCUGUCGGAAGAGCAGCAGCGUUACGAGAAGCAGCUGAUCUUUGAGCACCCAGCUUUCGUCAAGCUUUGUCAGCAGCUGCUGCGGGACUCCCGAAAGAUGAUGCGCGGUGACCUGGUGUUCAGUCUGCAUGCUGCGGUGAAGCUGGGCAUUCCUCAGAACACUCUCUUAGUCCAGACUUUGGUGAGGGUGUGCCAAGAGAAGCUCAAUCAACUUGAUAACCGAUGUAUCUCAGUUUUGGCAACUACUUUAGCAGUGCUGGAAAAAGACAAGAAUGUGAGCGCUCUUCAAGCUGGAUUACAAUUACUAGUGGAGCAGCGCAUUCCAAGUAUCAGAGACAUCUUUAUGCUGCAAAACCUGAUGAAAUGUGUGGGAAAAGAUGCUCCAGUCUUUCUGAAAAAGAAAUUAGAGAUGGCAGUUCUGAAAGAGAUAGACCGUCUGACUUUCUCGAAUGCUCUGCGUGUGUUUUUGGCUCUUGCUGCAAUGAAUUAUUGUUCCAUUCCAAUCCUGAAUGCCUGCAGUAAAAAGAUCCAGGAGAAUGUUCAUGAUGUUCCAUUUCGGACGUUAAUCCUCAUUCUGGAAACUUGUUACAAUCUCCAGUACCGUAAUGUAAAACUGUUCUCAGCAUUAGCAGACUAUGUUCAUUCUGCUGCCUGCCUUUGGGACAAAAGACAGAUUGUCCUUCUCCUUUCUGCCUUUGAGACACUCGCCUUUCAGCCUCAUGAGCUGAUGGGUGUUUUUGCUGAGAAGGUGACAGAAGACCCUGAAUUCCUCAACUUGAAAAGCCUUUUGAUUGUUCUCCGAGCUUAUUCAAGACUCUACUAUAUUCCCAGAGGCCAAAAGAAUCUGUUUUUUGAGACUCUUCAUAGCUGCUUGAUUAAGUACCUACCUCAGAUUUCCAACACAGAACUGCUGAAGGCAGCGUAUUCACUUUGCAUCUUAGGGUAUCUUCCUAAUCAGGCACUUGAUGAGCUGCUGCAAAAGGACAGCAGGAACGAACUUCUACUAUCAGAUGAUCUUUACAGAGAACAAAAGGAAAUGAUGCUUCGCUGUGUGAAAACAUGUAUGGAACUUGACAGCCCUUCCUUCACAAAGCCUGCAUUCGUACCGACUGAGAAUGGCUCCUCAUUAGUAUCUGUUAAUCUCAGAAAGGCUCGGGAUGCGCUGAUAGAACUUCUGGGAGAUGAGAACAUGUUUCGGCAAAAUGUUCAGCUACCAUAUAAAUAUCAUAUCGAUUUUGAAAUCAGAAUGGAUUCAGUCAGCAAGAAAGUGCUUCCAGUAACUGCCACAGAUGAUGGUGCUGACUCAAGUGUUCAAAGAUUGGCUUUUCUCUUUGUUCCUCUGUCUGCCUUCUGUGUGGGUACGAUGCACCCCCAAGGGAAGCUGGCAAUGAAGAGGCGGCAUCUAAAUAAACUGGGCUAUCACGUGAUUCUGGUCCUGAACAAGAAGUUUCAGGAAAUGACAAGUGAGGAUGCAGUUGAAUUUUUGAAACGAAAAAUUUAUUCAGAAAAUGCUUUCCAUUUUUCUGAAGUCACUGUGCAGGAUAAUAAUUAAAAUAAACCAUCAAUUUUGGA